AUGGAAGAAAGCCUUAUACUUUCGGUUGAUGAUGACAUCAGAGACACAGCAAGUCUCGAAGACAAGGCUUCGCAGUUGGCCGGGGAAAGGGUUGCUCUGGAUCCUCAUCAGACGAUUGGUAAAAACUUUGAAGUAGUUGACCCGUCGGUCCGAGCAAUACUUGUUUGCAGAAAAAGCGCCGAAGGAGCUGUGAGGGUCUUUGGGAAAUAUAUCAGAAAUGUGGCCACUGGCCCAGACGAACAUGGAUACGUUAUUGUUGCGGUCAAGUCGAGCGAGGGAGAGACGUGCAGACUACUGGGUACUCCCACCAUGCGAUAUUUUCGCCUCUCAGAAGCUCAGACCUAA